CCCCCUCUUUUUUUUUUUUUUUCUUUCUUUCUUUUUUUUUUUUUUUUUUCUCCUCUUCUUCUUAAACAAACCACAAACGGAUGUGAGGGAAGGAAGGUGUUUCUUUUACUCCUGAGUCCAGACACCUCUCUCUGUUCCGUCUAAGCUUGUUUUGCUGGACACUUUUUUUUUUUUAAGGCACAGAAAAGGAGUUUGCUUGAUGUGAGAGUGAAAUGGACGUAAGAUUUUAUCCACCUCCAGCCCAGCCCGCCGCUGCGCCCGACGCGCCCUGUUUGGGACCCUCUCCCUGCCUGGACCCCUACUAUUGCAACAAGUUUGACGGUGAGAACAUGUAUAUGAGCAUGACAGAGCCGAGCCAGGACUAUGUGCCAGCCAGCCAGUCCUACCCUGGCCCAAGCCUGGAAAGUGAAGACUUUAACAUUCCUCCCAUCACUCCUCCUUCCCUCCCUGAUCACUCUCUGGUGCAGCUGAAUGAGGUCGAACCCGGUUACCACUCUCUGUGUCACCCAAUGAACCAUAAUGGCCUGCUACCGUUUCAUCCACAAAAUAUGGACCUACCUGAAAUCACCGUCUCCAAUAUGCUGGGACAAGACGGAGCACUGCUUCCCAACUCCAUUUCUGUGAUGCAAGAUAUACGGAACCCAGAAGGGGCGCACUAUAGCUCCCAUCCUCAGAUGGCAGCCAUGAGACCAAGGGCUCAGCCUGCAGACCUCAGGCAGCAGCCGGGAAUGAUGCCGCAUGGCCAGCUCACCACCAUCAACCAGUCACAGCUCAGCGCUCAGCUCGGACUUAACGUGGGAGGGGGCAGCAUCCCUCACAACUCACCAUCUCCUCCUGGAAGCAAGUCUGCGACUCCUUCACCAUCCAGCUCAGUGCACGAAGACGAAGGUGACGAUGCCUCUAAGAUCAAUGGUGGAGAGAAACGACCUGCCUCUGACAUGGGGAAAAAACCAAAAACCCCAAAAAAGAAGAAGAAGAAGGACCCUAAUGAGCCACAGAAGCCAGUGUCUGCCUAUGCAUUAUUCUUCCGUGAUACUCAGGCUGCCAUCAAGGGCCAAAAUCCAAAUGCUACCUUUGGUGAAGUUUCUAAAAUUGUGGCUUCCAUGUGGGAUGGUUUGGGUGAAGAGCAAAAACAGGUCUACAAAAAGAAAACAGAGGCUGCGAAGAAGGAGUACCUGAAGCAACUAGCAGCAUACAGAGCCAGCCUGGUGUCCAAGAGCUACAGCGAGCCUGUUGACGUGAAGACAGCUCAGCCUCCGCAGCUGAUCAAUGCCAAGCCGCCGUCAGUGUUCCCUGGGCCCAGCCAGGCCCACUCAGCUCUGUACCUAAGUUCCCACUACCACCAACAACCAGGAAUGAACCCUCACCUAACCGCCAUGCAUCCCAGUCUCCCCAGGAGCAUAGCACCCAAGGCCAACAACCAAAUGCCAGUGACUGUCUCUAUAGCCAACAUGGCCGUGUCCCCCCCUCCUCCCCUCCAGAUCAGCCCCCCUCUUCACCAGCAUCUCAACCUGCAGCAGCACCAGCCGCUCUCCAUGCAGCAGCCCCUCGGGACCCAGCUCCCCAUGCAGGUCCAGCCCGCCUUACACUCCCCCACCAUGCAGCAGGGAUUUAAUCUUCAACCCGACUAUCAGACCAUAAUCAAUCCUACAUCUACAGCUGCACAAGUGGUUACCCAGGCCAUGGAGUAUGUGCGCUCCGGGUGCAGAAAUCCUCCCACCCAGCCCGUGGACUGGAAUAACGACUACUGCAGUAGUGGGGGCAUGCAGAGGGACAAAGCACUGUACCUUACCUGAAACUCCAGACACCUCUUCUUUCCACUGAGGCAUUCAGGGAAGUCUUUUCACCGUGGAUUGCUUUGUACAGUCAAGGCAGUUCUCCAUUUUAUUAGAAAAAAAUACAAGUUGCUAAGCACUUAGGACCAUUUGAGCUUGUGGGUCACCCACUCUGGAAGAAAUAGUCAUGCUUCUUUAUCUUUAUUAUUUUUUUAAUCCUUUAUGGACAUUGUUUUUCUUCUUCCCUGAAGGAACUUUGGACCAUUCAGAUUUUAUGUUGGUUUUUUGCUGUGAAGUGCUGCGCUAUAGUAACUGCCUUAGCAACUAUAGAUGUCUUGGAUAAAAGUCCUGGAUUUUCCAUUGGUUUUCAUAAUGGGUGUUUAUAUGAAACUACUAAAGACUUUUUAAAUGGCUUGAUGUAGCAGUCAUAGCAAGUUUGUAAAUAGCAUCUAUGUCACACUCUCCUAGAGUAUAAAAUGUGAAUGUUUUUGUAGCUAAAUUGUGAUUUGAAACUGGCUCAUUCCAGUUUAUUGAUUUCACAAUAGGGGUUAAAUUGGCAAACAUUCAUAUUUUUACUUCAUUUUUAAAACAACUGACUAAUAGUUCUAUAUUUUCAAAAUAUUUGAAAAAAUAUACUCCCAAAUGAUUUUAAUUUAAAAACAAAUUGGCUUUGUCUCAUUGAUCAGACAAAAAGAAACUAGUGUGAGGGGAAGCGCAAACACCGUUUAUUUUGUACUGCAGAAAAAUUGCUUUUUUGUAUCACUUUUUGUGUAAUGGUUAGUAAAUGUCAUUUAAGCCCUUUUAUGUAUAAAACCGCCAAAUGCUUACCUGGUAUUUUAUUAGAUGCGAAAGAGAUUGAAAACAGCUAAAUUAUAACCUUUACAUAGGGCUCUGUAUUAUUGUUUCUUCAUACUGUGUCUGUAUUUAAUCUUUUUUUAUGGAAACUGUUGCGCCUAUUUAUGAAAUAAUAAAUAUAGGUGUUUGUAAGUAAAUUUGUUAGUAUUUGAAAGAGCUUUCUUUGAUGUUUUAACUUUUGCUGGCAAAAAAAAAAAAAAAUUCACGCUUGGUGUGAAUACUUUAUAAUUUAGUUUUUACAGUGAAUAAAGCCAAACCUACUUUUCAUUUUAGCAGCAAAUUUAAGUAACCAGCCUCUAUUUCUAUAUUUCUUUGGUUGACGCAAAUGAAAAACUGUGAUAUUUAAGAAUUUCUUUCUUCAUACAAUAGAACAGAAGAUUGCCCUAAAAGUCACACAGCCUCCAAGACUGAACAGAUGAGCUCCCUACCUGAGAGGAAAAGGUGGCUUCUUAGUUCUCAGCUGGUUUUAGUCAAUUCUUUAAACUUCUCAGCUGGUUUUAGUCAUUUCUGUAAACUUCCUCCCCCUCCCCCUCCCAAAAAAGAAUUAAGGUCAAAUCAGUCAAAUUCCUCAAGCUGCAUGCUUUUCACAAAGUCCGGAAGACAUUUAGGAGUUAAACUAGGGACAGGAGGAGAGGGAAAGCACACUGUCCAGAGCAUCUAAAAGCGAAAGGUGAGUAACCAGGCAGGAGAAAGGAGACGCAGUCCCAGUUUGAAAUUUGAUAGAAAUUGAGCAUCUCAUUGCCAUUUGUGCCUCCACAAGCUACUCUCUUUCCAGAACUCCUGGGUCUUCCAAGAGAAUUCGGAGGGUACUACGGAUUUGCUAAAGAACCAAAAGCAUUGAGAAUCUGGCUGAAGGCUGGCAUAGCUUUUACAUCAGAAAGAGCAAAUUAUGCCCUUACAGAGUUAUAGCAAGAAAACCAGUCUGGUUGGAAAUCAAGAGAAUGGCUGAUGUCUUUUUCAUGGAGUGUGUGAAAUAAACGUAGCAAUUUAACUAAAUACAAUAUAUGCAUUAUGUAAUCCAGUCAGAAUUCAAAAAACAAAAGGUAUGCUUGCUUUGAAAUGAUUUUAGGCAUUGUACAACCUUGAAUCAGUUGAGCAUGUAAUAACUAAUAAAUAAUGCAGAUCCAGUGUGAUUAUUAAAAUGACUGUAGCUGAGAGCUCUAAUUUUCCUGUCUUGAAACUGUAUAAGAACUCAUGUGAUUAAGUUCACAGUUUAUUGUUUGUCUGUUUAGUAUUUUAGAAAUAUACCAGCACUACUAAUUA